AAUUUCUCUGCUUCAUGGUGGAAAUCCCGUUUUUAAGUCGUUUUCUUGAUAAAGCCGCAUUGGAAGAAAGCUCUGUGGGUGUCAAUACAAAGUGACGGCCAUAUUUGCCGGUGCCGCUGUUGUAAACAAAAAGUGAGAGACAGACGCUUCACUGAAUUUCGGGUCAUUUUUAUUUCUUUAAUUUACAAUGUCUUUGGGAAUGUCUUACAAACCCAAUGUCCAUCAGCACAUUCCGGGAACUUCUGGGAACCAGGCCGGAAACCUUCCUUCCCCGUCAGCAGCUAACCUGGCUACACUGCAGUCCUACAGGCCCAUUCUGAGCGACUAUGGACCUCCAUCUCUGGGAUUUUCACAGGGCUCCACCGGCAGCCAAGUGCCUCAGAACAAAUAUGCCGAGCUGCUGGCCAUCAUCGAAGAGCUGGGGAAGGAAAUCCGGCCCACGUAUGCCGGGAGCAAGAGUGCAAUGGAGAGACUGAAAAGAGGAAUAAUUCACGCCAGAGGACUGGUGCGUGAAUGCUUGGCUGAGACGGAGAGAAACGCAAGGUCCUAGCCAAAAACCAGAACUCCUCCUCGCAAGAAGAACUACAUUUCUCUGGGGCUUUGGGGGGGAAACAUGCAUGGCAUUUACAUCUUCAUGAGGAGGUAAAUGAACCAAGGAUGGAAGGUGAACAAGUAACAGUAAUGCAGUUCAUAACUCAUACGAGUUCUGGAGGAUUACUUCAAUCAAGUGUGGGUGUUUUGGGAAUCAAGAUUUUUUUUUUUUUUUUUAUGCUCCACUGUUGGGAUCUUAGUUUUACCUUUUUACAUAAAUACAUUGGUAUACGUUCAUUUUUGCAUGCGAACGGACCCAUGGGUUAUUGUAGACACUGCAUGGCCUGUACAGAAGUAGGUAGAUUCUUUUUUUUUUUUUUUUCUUCCUUUGUUUUAUUUUUUUUAUAGUAUUUGGUCGGGGUUUCAGGCCCUUACAAUAAAAGACUGAGUGGUGGUGGACAUAUGUCAAACGCAUCGGUUCAUCUGUGAUGAAAUUGGUUUUGGUAUUAAAAAAAAAAGGAAAGUGCUAUUACUUCUUUGUAU